AUGAAAAACUACAAUAGCAUCACGAAUAAAAAUGUACGACAUAUCACGACAUCGACAAAAGUCACCUUCAAUUUUGAUAUGAAUCGAUUUGAACAAAACGUAUUGGUAAAUCUAUCGAAAGCUUCAAAUAAAUCUGCAGUCACGUUUUCGUAUAAAUCUGCAAUAAAAACAAUGAGCAGAAAAACACUAUAA